AUGGCGUGCCCGCUUGUGGCGGGUAUCACAUCACUGACUUUUCCUAUCAUUGUUAGCUCAAGGUAUAUGUCAGUUGGCAUUAUCAUAUACGCCACAUGGGAGGAAUUGUUCGAAUAAUUUUGGAGACAUCGAUCGACAAAGAUAUCACAUUAAUUUGAUAUUUCGGAUAAACAUACUGUGUACUUGUUAGGACGGGGUUGGUUAGAACGGUGGGAAGGGAAGGAAUUAACGAUGGCGGUGAACUGUACUGUGCCACGCGCCAUGUCGGUCUCUUGCUCGCGCACGUCCUUCGUUCGGUGCACUGCGUUUGUAGAUUUCUUUUUUUUUUUUUUUGGCUUUGUGAAAAUGGCACACGAUUUGUGGACCUCGGUAGGAAGCAAGAGCCCACAUGUUUAUAAAAAAAACCUGUGGCUUUUAUGUAUUAUGCUUUGAAAAUUGAUCAGUUUUUUUUUACCUUCGACCGAAUAAAAAGAAGCGAGUCAAAACAUUUUUAGACAGAAUUCAAAGUUAUUACAUUAACGAACAUUAAAUAUUUUUUUCUGUUUAUGAGACCUUAUAUUCAUAUAAUUUUCUUGAUUUUUUUUUUAUAUUUCGUAUUAUACUGUCAAUUUUAUGUUUUUAUAUUAUUAAAAAAACGUUUUCGAUCUUGAAAAUUAACUUUACAGAAGUAUGCAGUUAUAUUGAAUUAAAGACAGUUUCAUUUUACGUUCAUGAGUAGUUUAUACUUGCAUAAUAUUGAGAUUUUAAUUACCUGUGAAAUGAGAUCUGCAUUAUCAUACUUGUCCUUUUAUUUAUUGUAGCAAUUGUUCUCUGAAAUUGAUAUAUAUACGUGUGUACAAUACUUUUGCAAUUAACAAAUUUAAAGUCAUUAUUUUCUAUAAAAUAUUAUUAAUUUAUCAUACAUGUAUCGUGCAGUAUGUUUUGUGAUAAUUAUAUAAUAACAGUAUUUAUUAGUGAUGAUUAAUACUUAUAAUUUAAAUUUACACUUCAAAAAUAAUCAUGCAAUUUUUACAAUAAUUUUUAAAUGUUAAGGUAGAGAAAUACGUCUCCAUAUUUUUAUUCAGACCAAAAUACCGGAACCUGUUUUAUCAUAAUGUAGGUCAUCUCGAUCAAAUACUUGCGACAUCGUUAAACAUCGUUUCAACGAAAUUGAAGUUUCUCUGACUAAACUACUUUUAUUAAUGAUUUUAUUUAUUGUUCUGUCGGUGUAUAGAUACGUAUAGAUAUAAAUGCAUCUACUAUAUAUUUCUGCAUGAACGCAUAUAAUUUUGUAACAUGUAUUUACAUCGAGGGAUGGUAUCUUCUAUUUUUAAAAUCGUAGACAACUGUAAAAGUGAGAACGAAAGUCGAACUACUGCGAGUUAGCAUGUCAGGGCCACGUUAUUCGAACAUUGUGCAUUUUUUAUCUUUUGAUACAUUUCGUCCUUUCGGAAAUAUUUAGUUUAGCUAUAUGUGACAAAAAUAGUCAUUACAGAUUCGUAAUUACAGAUAUAAUUCAUUUUAUAUAAUGUCCCUAUAUUAUACAUACAUAUUAUAUAUACUAUAGUUGACAUGUUUAUAGUUAACAUAUAAUAACAUUUAAAAAACGUAAAAAAUAUCUUAUUGAGAUAUUUAAAAUAUACGAUUUCAUCUUUGAAAAUAGAAAAUUGAUUUUGUCUAGAAAAUGAAUAAUUGAUUAAGUUUAUCAUAAUUGCAAACAAAUUAGAUCAAGUUAAAAAUAUAUACAGUAAAUAUCUCACACAAUAGUUGAGUAGUACGAUCACAGAUGUCGGGAGGUUUGUUGUUAUUUGUUAUUGGUUUUUAUGGUACAUGCCGGUCUUCAUUUUCGGUUUGUAAAUACAGGCAAAAUAUAGAUUUAAUACGCGUGCUGUCGUGUUAGAGAUCCGAGUCGUAUCAGGAUAAAGAGGCAACCGAUCAACAAACCACGUGGCAACAUCGCUAUAUCCCUCUUUUUUCUCUCCCCCCUUCCUGUUGCUUGAUGUCCCUUACAUCGUCUCCCACUAUAAUCAUCGACUGCAACGAGGCGAAAGCACAUUUACAUUUUUUUGCGUACAGUAUGUUGCAACAUUCUUGCUUUGAGGUUUCGACUAUCGAUGGCGCCACUCCCAGAAUCAGGGAAAAAAUAUGUCGUACAUUGAAAACUAAGAAAGAAUUGAACACGGAAUUAAAUUGUCCUUUUAUCGUAUAAUAUAAAGUGGGGAUUCGUGAGAUUAUGGACGCCCCCUAGUAGCAUGCGUGCGUCAAAGAACGUAGCGUCUUGCACGUAUACAAUGCCAUGCCGAAAUCGCGGUGUUAGUUACAGAACUGGCAACGAAUCGAUAUAAACAAGUAUAAUAAAGAUGGUGAUGAUCAGUGGUUUUUCCUUCGUGACAAAUUAUCGCGAAUGAACUUUUUACAUAAUUUUUAUAUACUGUUCGGGCAGGAACGGAGCUAAUUUCGACCUUCGUCACGAUCAUCGAAACAUGCUGUUCUCAGUAAAGGUAAUUGCUUACAAUAAUAAGCAUAAACCGAUAAUAAAUUGCGAAAAAAAGUAUUGGAAUGAAUUUGGUUGGGAUAAACUUUUAUUGGUUUUUUGUGAAUUUGUCAUGUGAUAUGCUUUCUUUAUAAGCAGUUUGAAAAUAACAUGCAAAAUGUUUAGUUUUCAUAAGCCAAAGGUGUAUCGAUCUAGUACUGGAUGCUGCAUUUGUAAAGCCAAAUCAAGCAGCUCAAGGUUUACAGAUAGUAAAAAGUAUGAAGAUGAUUUUAUGGAAUGCUUUCAACUUGAGGAAAGAAGAACUGGAGAAAUUUGUAAUGCAUGUGUACUUCUGGUAAAAAGGUGGAAAAAAUUACCUGCCGGAAGUAACCGUAAUUGGAGACAUGUCGUAGAUGCACGUGCAGGACCUGGUAUCAAAUCAUUAACAAAAUUUAAAUCAAAAAAUAAAAAGAAAAUAAAAGAUAUACCAGAAAAGUUUGAAAAGAUUAUGAAAAAGAAACAUAUGUAUUUAAAAACAGAUAGAGAUCGAGAACAAAGUCCGGCAAUGAGUGAUGAUUUAACAGAAGAUUAUUUAAAUGGACAUGGUAGUAAAGGUUCAAGUCGAACUGGUAGUCCUAUAAGUAGUGAUGAUAUUCCAGUAACUGAAAAACAAUUAGAUAUGCAAGACGACCCAGAAUCAAAGAAUGAUUUAACUGUCAAUGGUUUUAUUGAUUUAACAUAUUUUAAAAGGGAGAUCAUCUGUUGUGGAACAAUAUUCAAAGGUCCAUAUGGAGAAGUAAUAGUGGAUCCUUCAUUGAUAAAACCUUGUACUGGUUGCAUAGCUAGACAACAACGACAACAAACAAAUGCAUUAAGUUGCAGUCCUGUGCAUAGUUCUGCAUCUGCUAGUCCUGUUCACAGUUCUGCGUCUGCUAGUCCUGCUCAUAGUGUAGAGUCCGGAACAGAGACAACAGUCUCUAAACAAACAAGCAAAACAUUUAGUGACUCAUCGUCAGAUUCCGGCUAUGAUGAAUCUUCCAACCAAGGAGUUGGUGAGAAUAAAAUUACUAAAAUUACUCAAAAUACAAGUACUACUGUAAAAUCAGCAGUUAAAAUACAACCAUUGAAAAGUGUUCAAUUAAAAGCUAUACCAGUAUCGGAAGCUGUCAGGUUAAAAACAGAUGUGCCAAUUAAAUUGGUACCUAUAAAACAAAUCGAUCAAUUAUCUUGUAAGCCAUUGUCCUUAGUUUCUUCUGCUAAUGUUACUUUAAGCAGUAGUACUUCACACUCCAUCGUUACCGUCCCGAGUAAUAAUCCACUUGUCGAUUUUGCCAUGCACGCAGCCUCUUCCAGGCAGUCAGUUUCUAAUUAAUGUCAGUCUCUUAUAGAAUUUUAAUUUAUUUUUUUCUUAUAUAGUUAGAUAUAUGCUAUGAUGCAAAAUUGUGUGUUAUGUAUGCUAAUAUUACCAUCUCAGAUUACAAAGGCUCUGGGUAAGAUUGUUUACGUUUUAUCAUAUCGAGCACAAAGAGUUUAUAAUGUUAUAAAUGGUGAAAAAAUGAAUUCUUGUAAUUAGAAUGACUGUUAUGAUGUACAGUAGAUAUAUAGUGCUCUUAGAAAGAUUGCAUAGGAUU